CAGAAGGUAACAAAGCAUCGUCUCACCUCUGGCAGGGAAGGUGUCACUGAAACGGAAAGGUAUAUAGUGUUCCCUCUCCACAUCGACGUACCUAGUGCCUCCCUCGACGUCCACUCGACAUGAAGGCUGUGCUUUUACUCGUCACGGUGACCAUCACUGCAGUCUUCUCCAAGGCCAUUCUCAAAUUCAAUGGAGAUCCCCCAUCAGAGUUAUACGAAUCUCCGUCCUUCUCCUACGGCCACGCGUAUCCAAAUAUCACUUACCAGUCGCAAAGCUGGUUUUCCUAUCCAUACGGACGAAUUCACCUCAUAUCGGCUUACUAUCCCGUCAAAGCCCCGCCCUUGACAACAGCAGAGAAGCCGGACGCCAGAAAUAAAUACCCUUACAAGCAUUAAACCGAGCACAACUUGUAUAGCUUUACGCGAAUGUAAAAAAAUCCCGACAGUCUUGUGCGAGACAUUAGCGCUGCAGGCUUCGAGCAGGUCAUCUACCUUCCUAAAAGUUCUAGUUACCACACCCCGAUUCUUCUUCUCACCUAUCAAUAACCUUGGUGGUGAAUGAGACAUGCUUGGUUACAACUGUCUCAAAUAAAAUUGUGAAAAUCUGAAAGUCACCUUUUCAUGACCAUUUUAUCUUUACAAUACAUAUCGAGAACAAUACAUUGGUUCAUCUGCUUGCAAACUGAAAACUAUUUUUUGCUGGAUGAAACGUGCACUGGAAAGAAGGGAGCAGCUAGCGCGAGAGGUCAGUGACCACCCUGGACCAGUUCAGUGAUGCCUAGCGGCUCUUAGCGACGAGGAGGAACGGUGCAUAAAGCUUUGUAAGGUGCCACUUUGUUUCUGCUUGAAAAACAACGACGAUAGAGAGCUUAGACUUUGGUUUUGAACAUUAAUUCAUGCUACAAACUACGAUUGUUUUUCUAUAAUCCUAUACAGACAGACAAGAAUAGCCUGGUUUUGCAGGAUGCAUGGGACAGUUGCCAAGUGCCCACCACCCUCUCACAUCCCAGGAUCCUGACAAAGAAAUUCAAAUAAAUGUCUGACAAACUUAAUAACAUAUCGUAACCUUAAUACAUAUAGUCUGCCGAAUGAUAAGUAAUAGCAAAGGGUCGUAUUUUCUGACUUCGAUGGUACACUAUGAACAAAUACGAGUAUAACGAUAAUGGCAUCACUUCAGAAAUUCCUCGGUGGCUUCCAGUUCUCAGCUUUCCAGUGACUCAGUAGCAGCCAUUUCAGCCAGAGCCUUACGACCGUCCACUUCUCAAGACACGAGUGAGACAUGACAGCCAAGGGUUCCAGAAGCAUACAAUUGCUAGUGAUGGUGGCGAUGAGUCUGUGCACAGCAGUGAUCGCCGUGCACUUCCCCAUAGGUUACCCCGAGCCAUCCCCAUCAGCCAAGCCACAGCCCCUACAAGUGCAGGGCUCUAGUGAAAGUGGUAGUGACGAGGAUGACUCAGAUGAGGUGACCCUAACGCUGGGCCCAGACGUACACGGAACAUCUCCUCGAUUCCCUGCCGGCAUGUUCCCAGAACUCUUCGAAGAAAGACAACAGCUUGCAUCAGAGAAAAUGAGGAUGAAGCCUUUAUUCUGGUACAGACUCUUCUGGUAAUGGUGCAUGCACGCCAGCUGUUACAAACAAGGUGGAACUGUAUCGACAUA